UUUUUUGUAAAGGAGGAGGAAUUCUGGGAGUGGAGAGGGGAGAAGAGAGUUGAUCAGUCUGAGAAGUGUGCUGGAUGGGGAGGCUCUGUUUAGGACUUCGCAUCUUUCCCUGGAGUCCAUGGACAUGACCUUUGGUGCUUUAUGAAAGAUGAAUCUCCGAGCCUAAGGCUAGCCUGAUGGGUAGAACCAAAGUAAGAGGAGCCAGCUCUUUCUUUGUGCUAGCCAAUAAGAAGGAAGGGUCUAAAGGCUCUGGACCAGGCGCACUCAAUAUUCUAAUUCUAGAACACCGAGAUGCUGCCACCAUCUCUUGGACAAAACCAUUCCCACCAGAGACCAGACUUUCCUCUCAGGACUCUCACCUGUGCCCAGAAAAGGGCAGGUAUGAGCUAUGUCUUUAAAAGGACAACCGCAAAGGACAGUCCCAGGGAAACAAGUUUGUUCCUGUUUACCACAGGACAUCCUCCAUGGGCCACCAAGGGUCAUGCCUGCACCCUACCCAGAGAUAAUGGAAAGUUGACCUUGGAGUCCCCAAAGAAACAGACAACAGAUAACUGGGCUGCUGAUGUUGGGCAAAGCCCCAUGAAGUGACCUGUCAAUCCUGCCAGCAGAGCAUCCACACUGAGGAGCCUUGGCUCUGCUGCAGCAAGAGAAGGACUUGUCCAACCGCCUGGAAGUGAUCUUAGUGGGGCGAAUGGCUCCAAGUUUGACCCCACUCUCCACCAGGGCCAAGGGACCAGAGCCAGGGCAGGUCUGCCUCCCUGAAACCCGAGCCGAGCCGCCUCUCAUCCUCAGCUGUUUCCAAGGAGGAGGAGGAGGAGGGAAGAGAGGAAGAAGGCAAGAAGGGGCGGAAGACAAAUCGCCGAGAAAUCCAUCCAGCCUUGACCCCGACUUCCAGAUGUGCCAGCUGUGACUUCUCUGCUGCCGGGAGAGACCAUCUGAAAGCCUCAGAAUCCAAAGAGAAGAGCAGAGAUGAGAAUUGGUCCCUGCCCAGGUCAGCCAAGCAGAGGGUGGAGACCAGAAGAAAGGAGUGCCGUCUGCCUGGUCCUCUUACCUGCCCUGGUCUUUCUCUUCCUGCCCUUGGGCAGCACCCUGCAGCCUACUCCAUUACCCUUUCCAGAGUUGAGGCUGGUGGGGGGACCUAGCCGCUGCCAGGGCCGGCUGGAGAUCCUGUACAAUGGUUCCUGGGGCACCGUGUGUGAUGAUGACUGGGACGUGGUAGAUGCCAACGUAGCCUGCCGCCAGCUGGGCUGCGGGUAUGCCCUGCCGGUGCCCUUGCCCCUUGCCUUUGGCCAGGGCCGAGGCCCCAUCCAACUGGACAAUGUGGACUGCAAGGGACAGGAGGCGGCCCUGAGCGAGUGUGGUAGCCACGGCUGGGGAGUCCACAACUGCUACCACUACGAGGACGUGGCUGUCAUGUGUGAUGAGCUCUUACCAACGCUGGCCAGGAAAGUGUUAACCAGCACAGCCCCCACCACCAUCACCUUGAAGAAUGGGAGAGGUGAUGGCAGCAUCCGCCUAGUGAAAGGCGCCAACCCCUGUCAGGGCCGAGUGGAGAUUCUGCAUGGUGGCACUUGGGGCACCGUAUGUGAUGAUGACUGGGGGCUCCCAGACGCCACUGUGGUCUGUCGCCAACUGGACUGUGGCACUGCUGUGGCUUCUAAGACCAAUGCCUUCUUUGGCUAUGGCACUGGCCACAUCUUGCUAGACAACGUCCACUGUGAUGGCCGAGAGCUACGCCUGGCAGCAUGUCCCAGUCUCGGAUGGGGCAUCCAUAACUGUGGGCACCAUGAGGAUGCUGGUGUCAUCUGCUCAGGACGCAGUGUCCCCUCGGUCAUGUCCUCACCAUCCUUGGUUACCCGUGAUGGCAAGGCCAGGCUCACUGAGCCGGCCACAGGUAAGGGGGAAGAAGACAGCCUCCCCGAACCCUCAGUGCUGGACAGCUCCUGGGCAGUUCUUGGGUGAGCAAAUCCCUAAGCU